CAUUGCAGCGCCUCCUAGUUGCGAAAUUGUUUUUGUUGUUCAUGUUGAGAAAAUUGCGUGCUUUCAAGUUUUCACUGAUUUUUCCAAUUUCUGUGUACGUAUUUACACGUGAAAAUGGCACCAAUUGUGCGUGCUGAGAAGGUGCACCAGGAUUACCUCGAAAGUCUGGCAAAGAACAGUAAAUUCCGAGUUGGCUUCCUCCUUGGAAUGGAAAAUACAGGCGGUUUUCAAGGAAUUGUUGUUCACAUGGCUGCUAUACAAUUCUCUGAGUCUGAUGAAAAGAGUCAUGAAUCAAUUUCAGGGGCUGAGAGUGAAGAAAUUGUCCUGCAAGCUAUUAACCUCACUCGCAUGCUUCCGGGAGGUUUCACAAUUUUGGGCCUAUUUGUGGUCAAUCCGGAGAAUGUGCUGGAGGAUGAGGAACAGAAAAAGGAACUAACAGAUACUGUCAAGAAGAUACAGGAGCAAUUCCGACAGAAUUCCUUUUUAGUGGCCUCAGAGAACGAUGAAAAAAAUUUCCUAGUUCUGGUUUAUUCGUCCGGACGUCCGAAUCCCUGUGUUUGUCAGCAAAUUCACACGGGAAAAUCUGUGGAUUUCACCUUUGCCCCCAAGGGGAUUAACUGGCGUACAGUGGAAUUGUAUUUUAAUCUUGAGGAUGAGUAUGCUCUUGAGCAAGUUGGAGAUACUUGCAAUAUUGAGGGAAAUUUGCAGAGAAUCCUCGGGAGGGUGUCCCAGCAACUGGAAAAUGCAUAUGUAUUUCGGGCUGGAGCUCCUUGUGAGGAGAAAGACACAGUUGAGAUGUUGUUUAAAAAUAAUAAGGAUUCCAUGGUUCAGACACAACCACUUAUGAUUUGCCUUAAGAAUGAGGAUAGGGACAGUGUGGAGGAAACUGUAGAGGUCAAGGAUGGAACUGUACGCCUCUCUGGAAGCAUCUGUUGUAGAGUUUUUGUGCCUAAAGGGACUUUGUUGAGUGAAGUGGUGAAGUUUGCUAAGAAUGACAUCACACGAUCUCUGGCAGCUCGUCUUCAGCUAUACCGGGAUUCUCUUCAAGAGGACAAGGUCUCCACUGAAAAUUUGAUUGAUCUCCACAGUGAUACUCCAAGGAGGGUUUUCUUCACUGUUCAGCCCACUGGCGUACAAUUUUCUGAUUACCUGUUUGCUGGAGAGAAUGAUGAUACUGUACGGGAAAAUGUGAGCAAACUCAUGGACAUAGAUCUUGAACCAACAGACAUUUUUCUCAUGGUUGAAGCGGCUGAUGAUACUGAGGAUUUGCCCGAUACUGAUGUACAGUUCAAAGAGGAUAAUCAGUGUACUCAGACAGAGACAAAGACCGAUUGGCCAGAAGUUUUUCUUAAACUCCUGGCAAUUGUGUCACUCCUUGUGGCUCUAAUUGGAGCCUAUUUUGCUGUCAAUCAAUCCCAGUAAAUGUGAGAUAUCUCAUCUUAUAUUCCGUGAGACGGAAUCAGCCAGAAACAUUCGAGUCAUAAAUAUGGAUAAAAAUGAAGUUUUGUCAAGUAAUAUCUUUCGAAAAAUAAUUUCUUGAAGUGUUGCAUUAAA